AUUUUUUAUUUUCUAAAUGUGAAUUAGUUUUGCCAUCUGGCGACGACUCAUAUAAAAGAUUUGAGUAUUUAAACAAAUGUUUAUUGUUUUCAUGGCAUUAUGACGUUUUCACUUCAGAUGAUUUUUCUACAGAUUCGAAAUGAAUGAUCAAGCAAGUGAUUUAUUCGAUUAUGAAAAUCGUGAACGGGUUCAAAACCUAUCACAAAAAGUUGCUUUACUCAAGAAUUAUGCUGUCGAUAUUGAAAACGAGACUAAACUUCACAAUCGUUUAUUGGACGAUGUGGACGACGAUGUUGGCAGUAAUUUUGUUUUCCUGAAGAAUACCAGCAGUCGUUUGAAUCGUUUACUGCGAACGAAUCGAAAUUCGAAGCUAACCUGUUAUCUAGCAAUGGGCAUUUGUUUUCUAUUGUUCAUGAUAUAUUUUCUAUUAUCAUCCCGAAUGCAAUGACCAUGAUAAUUGUCGGACAAUCUAUUUUCCAUUCAUCAUCACGUGAUAAUCUCAUUCUUUGAUUUCAUUUCUUUAUCAUAAUGUUUUAAUUAUAUCUACCAUUGUUCAUAUAAAAAAGGGAUCAGACCCAUGAUUAAGAAGUGACUGAUUUAUUUUAUUAAAAUCUUGUUUGUUAUUCAUUAAAAGAUGAAUGAAAUUAUAAAA